AUGAAGUUUGGACGCAACCUGCCACAAUUUACCGUCCCGGAAUGGAGCGCCUCGUACAUCAAGUACAAGGCAUUGAAGAAGCUCAUCAAGUCGGCGGCAGAGCAAGUUAAGGCGGGACAGGAGGCGGACUUAGCCGGAUGCCCGGCUUCUUUGGUUGCGUUUGGUGAUAUAGGUUUCUUCUAUUCUCUUGACCGCAAUGUCGAGGACGUCGAUUACUUCUACAACAAGAAAUACGCGGAAUAUGUCCGUCGGUUGAAGCUGUUGGAGGACCGAUAUGGCUACUCCAUGGAGGAUUCCGAUACUUUGGAGCCCGAGGACCGCCAUGAUCUCCGCGAAGCUCUGCUGGACCUGCGCUACCACCUCCGCCGGUUACAGUGGUACGGUGAAGUCAACCGUCGAGGUUUCGUCAAAAUCACCAAGAAGUUGGAUAAGAAGAUGGGUGCGCAGGCCCAGAAGCAGUAUUUGGACACCAAGGUCGAUCCCACCUCCUUCGGCUCCAAUAAACGGGCUAUCAAGGGCCAGGAGCGGAUCAAUUCAUGGAUGGCUCUCCUCACCGACCAGUCCAAGGCUGAUGAGAAACCGUCGGAUGACGCCAGUUCUACUCAUUCUGCCCUAUCGUUAAAAUUGGGCGGCACUCGGCCCCUUCUCAACCUCCCUGCUAGCGUUCUGACAGCUGUGGAUGAUUCCUUGAGAAAAGACGACACACACGUUUUGCUGGAGCUAAUCGAGACACUAAAGACCACCGCAGAUGAUUUGGGCGAGGGGGUCUUCUCCAAGGUUCUGAAGACUCUUAUUCAGCGUGCUAUCUUGCACCGUUCACGGGAUUGUCUGAGCGUGUUAAUCAAUCGCGUUGACAGUCUGGAAGAGGACGAUGAUAUCAACCGACGAAACUGCUUGCACCGUAUGGUUAUCUCGAUUGGACGUGAACAGCCAAGCAACGACUCCGAGCUGGAUGCAUCGAUGGUGCUAGACUUUCCUCCGGAAACUUCUCGCUUCAUUACUCCUGCCGCUCCGCCAACUUUACAACCUCCACGCUCGGUUGUCAAGGAGGAACACAUGCCCCAACAGCUUGACCGCCAUGAUCCAGCCGUUACUCUCCUACAGCACUUGCUGGACGAACUGCGCCCGAACCAGAGGGAGGCUCUGAUGGCCAAGGAUAUCUCGGGCCGCACUCCUUUGCACUAUGCAGCGCAGUAUGGCUUCAAGGUAGUUUGUGAGGUGAUUGUCGAACAUUUGAAAGCAUGGGAUAUGUUUGAUUUGAGCCAGGGGAUUGAUGGCAAAGUGUGGCAAGACAAUGAUGGAUGGGCCCCACUGCAUCUCAGUGUUGUUGGGGGCCACCCGAAGACGACUCGGUUUCUCCUUGAAGCCGAGAGUUCCCAGGAUCUCACGGGUGAAAAAGACCAGAUUCGAAAACAGAUUUCCAAGUCGAGUGCAGUUCUAGCCCUAGCAACCAAGGCCAACUUUGUCGAUAUCGUACACCUAUUGGUGGACGCUGGCGUGGAUAUCAAUUACCAGGAUGAGCAGGGUGAAACUGCAUUGCACGUCGCAGCCCGUUAUGGACAUGACGAGUGCGCUCGAAUCCUACUUGAGGGUACGGAUUACCAGAAGGCGAACACAGAGCUUGCAGAAAACACCUAUGCAUGGACACCGCUGUUCAUCGCAUCAGUCGACGGCAGCUUGAAUGUGGCCAAGCUUUUGGUUGCUGCUGGUGCUGACGUGGAACGAUUUGACUCAUCCGGAUGGACAGCAAAGGAACAUGCUGCUCUUCGUGGCCAUCUUGACAUCGCGAGGUGUUUAGGUGAAGUCAGCCCUGGCCCUCCCGCUACUGAGCCCGACUCAGUGUUGCCGGUUUCUCCGUACAGCCCAUCUCCAUCUUCUUCGCCACCUCCCCAGUCCUCCCUGGCUGAUCGGCGGUCGAAUGCCCCAAUUCCGACCUCAGGGGGUUCUGGAUCACGUAUUGCCGAACCUAUCAAGACCUUCGGACAUAGGUAUCUUACCGACGAGACCAUGAUUCUUGUGAGUCUGGGAACAAUGGACAUGCGCAAGCCCUUGGAGACAGUCAAUCUCGAUCGAAUUCCCAUGGAGGAUGCACACGCUACCCAGCUGGAUACCACUCUGUCCUUGGUGGUCACUGCCAGCGGUGCUCAUGGAGAGCCGGAAGUGAUUGACCUGCCGGUACAGGACAAUAUCUCUACAGAACCAAUCGUUUUCCAUACGACAGACCUCAGCAAGGUGCGCCUGCUCUUUGAUCUUGUACCUACAUAUGCGGGAUCAAAGGACAAAAUUGUCGGCCGAGGCGUCGCACUGCUUUCCAGCAUCAAGCAGACCAUUGGGUCGCAGCGAAUCAAUCUCAAGGGUGACUCUACCGUUCCUAUUGUUGCUGCGAACACCUUGGAUGUCAUCGGGUCUGUGACCUUCAACUUCCUGGUCAUCACUCCUUUCAAGCAUCCCAAAAUGUCGGUGACUGGUGGCCAGACCUACUGGCGCUCCAUGAGCUCCACCAUGGUCAUCGGUCAUCGUGGGCUGGGUAAGAACAUGGCCAGUCGCAACUCCCUUCAAUUGGGUGAAAACACGAUCCAGUCGUUCAUCGCGGCUGCCAACCUGGGUGCCUCGUAUGUAGAGUUUGACGUCCAGCUUACCAAGGAUCAUGUCCCUGUCAUUUACCACGAUUUCCUUGUCAGCGAGACAGGAAUCGAUGCUCCCGUGCAUACCUUGACACUAGACCAGUUCUUGGAACUCGGCAAAGGUCGGCACCGGAGUGUAUUGCCCAAUGGUGUGGACGUUCAUGGCUUCCCAGGCCUUGGUCCCCGUCAACGCUCAAUGUCUGUUGGCGGGUCUGAAUAUAACCCCGCCGAACUAACUGAGAAGAUCAAGCAUACUCGUGACUUCAAGAAGAAGGGUUUCAAAGGUAACACGCGUGGCGAGCAUAUCCAAGCCCCAUUUGCUACGCUGGAAGAGCUUUUUAAGAAAAUCCCGACACCUGUCGGGUUUAACAUCGAACUGAAGUACCCUAUGCUCCAUGAGAGCGAGGAGGAAGAGAUGGACACCUACGCAGUGGAAUUGAACUCCUUUGUCGACACUAUCCUGACCAUGGUCUACGACCUGGGCGUCGGCCGUGACAUUCUGUUCUCGAGUUUCAACCCCGACGUUUGUCUUCUGCUUUCUUUCAAGCAGCCGUCUAUCCCGGUGCUCUUCCUCACCGACGCCGGUGCUUCCCCUGUCGGUGACAUCCGUGCUAGCAGUUUGCAAGAGGCCAUCCGCUUCGCUUCGCGGUGGAAUCUCCUUGGCAUCGUCAGCCAAGCGGAGCCAUUAGUCCUAUGCCCUCGUCUCGUGCGCAUCGUCAAAGAAUCCGGCCUCGUCUGUGUGUCUUACGGUGCCCUGAACAAUGAUGGUGUCAACGUGGACUACCAAGUCGCCGAGGGUAUCGACGCAGUCAUUGUUGACUCCGUCUUGGGUAUCACCAAUGGUCUUAUUCAACGCCAGAACAGAGGUGAAUAUACCCCGGGCCCCUCGCCGAAACCCGCUCCUGUUGGCGAUCAGGCUGCAGACUCGGCCAAGGGUGCUAUUCGAGUGCCUGUCCUCACUGGCGCAAAGAACAGCAAUGCCUGA